AUAGCCAAGCCAACAAACACAAGGUCUCCCGCGUGCCGGUCCAGAGCGUUGAGAGAGAGAGAGAGAGAGACAGAGAGGGUGUGCGAAUGGCAGUGGCUGGCUUUGUCUCGAAGCAAUGGUUCUCAGUAACCACUCCUCUAUCUCCCUCUUCUUCUCCAGCGCCUCCCCAAACCCUAGCCUUCUCAUUUCCCUCCCUCCAAAACCAUACUGUCCGCCUUUCCAAGGCCCGAUUCAUCUCCUCCCCAAUCCAUCGGCGGUGUCGCAUUGCAUCUCCCAAGGUCGCCAGGACAAUAAAUGGGGAAGAUGAGAAUCAGGUUGAAGAGAAUAAGAAUAAGGCCGGCAAUGAUGUUGGUCCAAAAGAUUUACCUCCUAUGAAGGCUCUUGUUCAAGCUUACAAGAAGGCUAUACUAGAUGGAGAUGAAAAGAGUGCUUAUGAAGUGGAAGCUGCUAUUUGCAUCAUGGAGAAUGAGAAGAAUGAUUUGUCACAAAAAUUAUUGGAGAUGCUGGCAGAAAUAACUACUGGGAAGGAUAAACUUCUUCGCCUAAAAGCAGAUUUUGAGAAUUUCAGAAAGCGUUCUGAGAAUGAUCGCCUCACUUUUACUUCUGAUUUUCAAGGGGAUGUUAUCGAGAAUUUGUUACCCAUCGUUGAUAGCUUUGAGAAAGCCAGGCAGCAAAUAAAACCAGAAACAGAAAAGGAGAAAAUGAUUGACACAAGCUAUCAAGGUAUAUACAAGCAGUUUGUGGAGGUCAUGAGAUACUUGGGAGUGGCUGUUGUAGCGACAGUUGGCAAACCAUUUGAUCCAUCGAUUCAUGAGGCUGUUGGACGAGAAGAAUCUCAGGAGAUCAGGGCAGGUAUUGUGAUGCAAGAACUCCGCCGGGGAUUUGUUCUGGGUGGAAAGCUUCUCAGACCAGCCACUGUUAAAGUCUCCACCGGGCCAGGCCCUGUGAAAGCCCCUCCAAACACUGAGAAGUCAACUGAGCAAUCAACAGAAACAGUACAACCUGCUGAUGAUCCAGCCUCAACAAUCAACACAAGCUGAUUUAACAACACUCUUUCCUUCGGCAAGUGCUGAGAUUUCUUAUCUCAAUCCACUUGAAGCAAUGAGCACACAACCAAUUUUUGACUCGGUUUGUACCAAAAUUUCUUGAAUAUAAUGCUUGUUUUAGAAAUACCCGCAUCAUCCAUAUAAAAUUUCAUUAUUCAUGGUCGACUUUCA